AUGGGUCUCCUCGACAAGCUGAAGAAGAAGGACCAGUCCGACGACAAUGCGGACUCGGCAGGGGAGGAGGGCGGGCGCAGGCUGGACGCCGCCGAGUUCACAUUUAUUCGCACAGAUACCGCCGGCCAGGAAAUCAUUCGACCCCCCAACGACGGCCAGGACCAGAAGAACCUGCUCUCGCCCAAGACUUCGGUGCGCUCGUCGCCCCGCCGGAGCCUCGACGUCUUUCGAUCAAGUCGAUCGCGCAGCGAGUCCGUCUCCUCGCAGACGAGCCACUCUUCGAGACGGCGCCUCUCGGAGCGACUGCACCUGAGCAGGCCGGCCGAGCCCUCCGAGAAUGUCCCCGGGAACCUGCCCGCGAUCACGCGCUCCGACCCGGCCGAUCAGUCGCAGUGGGAGCGGCGGGCGACGAUGCUGGCGGGACAGAAUGAGCUUGCACGCGCAAGGCCCGCGUCGCCUGACCCCUCCGAGGGCAUGUCACGGAUGAGCCUGGCGCCUGGGAGCACCGGAAGGAAGCGGAGCGCCAGCUCGUCCAAGGCCAUAGAUGACGAUAUCCAGGAAGCGAUCCGGUUACACGAGGAGGGGGACUUGGAGAAGUCGACCAAGAUAUUCGGACGGCUGGCCGAUCCGCAGGGGCCGAAUAACCCGCUGAGCCAGGUGCUGUACGGGCUUGCGUUGCGACACGGAUGGGGCUGCGAUCCUGACCCGGAAAAUGCCAUCACGUAUCUCACCGCGGCGGCGUCCAACUCGGCCGCCAUCGAGCAGCUUGCCCUUGAGGCGGGCAUGAAGAAGGGCGGCGCCGCCAAGGGGGAGUUGGUCAUGGCGAUAUUCGAACUCGGCAACUGCUUCCGCUACGGCUGGGGCAUCAAGAAGGACUCUGUUGCUGCGAGGCAGUACUACGAAACAGCAGCAAACCUCGGAGAUAGUGGCAAGUUUCGCCGCAGCACUCACUCCCAGGGCCAAUCGGUACACUAA